UGAAUUAUGUUGUAUCGACCAAAGCCCGUUUUGAGCACCCACAAUUUAUAGUAUGAAUUCUGAUAUAAUCCAUAUUUGAUGUCUAAUAUAUAAUCCAGCCUCGACCCAACUCUAGCUUUGGUUUGGAGGUGGUGGAAAUUGCAAGAAUCUACGCAUUUGCAUUGGAAAAUAUGAGGCUUUACAGAGGUGUAAGGAGAAUCUGCUCGUCUUCUACUCUCUUUUCUCGCAUUCAUCCUUCAUCUAAACCGGGACUUUAUAAAGCUUCCUGCAUUUCUCCCAAACCCGCAUCCUAUUUUGCUUCUAUCACCGCUUCUCGCCACUUCCACGCUACUUCUUCUGUUUAUAACCACCACCGCCUUCAUGUUGAUGUUGAUGCUUCAGAUGAUUCUAAUGGUGAAGUAGAACCAAUUGAUUCGUGGGAGGAGGAGGAUGAAGCUGAGCCUGAGAUUGGUGAUGGUGGUGAUGGUGGUGGAGUUGUUCUGAACAAUUGCCCUUGGGGUGAGAGAGCAUUAUCAAUAGCCCGGGAAGUUCUUCUGGAGUUUGGUGAAGAGAUGCAGCUCUACGCGUUCAAAACAUCUCCUCGAGGGUACAUAUACGUGAGGCUAGAUAAACUUUCUAAUGAAUACGGGUGUCCCGGCAUGGAUGAGAUUGAAUCUUUCAGUCGCCAAUACAAGAAAUCUUUGGAUGAAGAAAUCCCAGAUGAUUUAGCUCUUGAAGUAUCAAGUCCUGGUGCAGAUAGGUUGCUGAGAGUACCCGAUGACCUGUUGAGGUUCAAGGAUAUGGCAAUGAUAGUCACCUAUUUCCAAGAUUCAGAUGCCGGAUCCCCGGAGAAGGAAGCAGUGUACCUUCUGGACUCCAUCGAGACAGAAUCUCAAUGCUGUGUUUGGAAGCUGGCAGACGUGAGGGAAAAUCGAGACCCUGCAGCUAAGGGAAGGCCAUUGAGCCGCAAACAGAGAGAUUGCAGGCUGAAACUACCCUACGAUAUGAUAAAGCGGGUAAAGCUUUACAUCGGUUAUUAAUGGAAGCCACUAGUCUUUCAGUAUCAUCCUUGGCAAUUUUUGAGUGGAAAUAUACCAUGAAAUCAUCUGUCAAUGCACACCCUUGUUCCAGUUUUGAGCACUAAAUCCCCCAAUUUCCCUUGUCUGAAGAAUUAAUUAAUGAAAAAGUUUGUAGUAUCUUAUAAUUGUUGAAUUAUCUGUUGCACAAGUGUUGCUCGUGUUAUCUGGCAUUGAUCAUCUCCAGUUUGCAGACAAA